CUCUCGACAAACACUUUAAAAGCCAUAUUUUCAACAACAUUGUGAUCGAAGCUUCUACCGGCUUCAAAGAAAUUGAAAUGAAAACACAAGGCGACGUGGACGUAAAAUUAGUCAUGUGACCCGUCUGAGCUUACGUACGGCGCUUAAAUACUGAAAUACUCAAGAAGUUAUAAUUUGUGUGUUGCUCCUAGGAACAACGGGCCAUGUCAGUUGAGUAUUGAUCAACUGAUUGUGUAUGACGCUCAGGUAGAAGCAGGUACAACACAGGUAACAGAGGGAGGAUUCCAGAAGAGCCGGAAGACAUGCAACCCGCCAUGAGGAAAGGGUCCCGGAAAGCGAGGGCUGAGUUGAGGUUGCUCUGACUUGUGUUCUACAGGAGACAGUUUAAAGUUUGUAAAGUUGUAUCCUGGCUGAGAAGUUAUUAGGGUUUGGGAAAAACCACAUCCAAACCGUCUGCUUCAAUGGUGGCCUGAAUCGGACUUCGCACGUUCCCGAAAAACCUUGUCAUGGCGUUGUGAAGGUGUCUCGCUAAGUAACAACAAGUAUUAUGUCUGGCCGGAAGUACGGGAGCGAUAAAGAGGUAGCGGCCGUGACCUUCAACAUGAAGGAACAGCGAUGUCUCGAAAAAUCCCUACAAACCCUGACUUUGGAGAAAACAUACUCCCUCAAACUCCUCGACCUUGACCAUAGAAUCAUCAAAGUCAACUACCGGCGUCUGAAGGACAAGGUAUCCAGGAUCAAGUCCAACCUAUCAGCUGACGAAAUUUCAGAUCUACGACAGCUUGAAGCAGACGGCAAACUGCGACCGGCGUACAACUCGGUGAACAUCAGUGGAGCUUUAAAAAUCGCAGCAGCAUCGAGGAGGCUUAAAUUUCAGAGGCCUUUACGAGACCGAGCAUCUAGUGCCCAUCCUCGUCUCACAGGGCGCAAUGAAGGAACCACUCACCCUACUCCAACUCUACCUGGUCUGUGUAGGAGUAACUCAGUUACCGGAGUGUUCAUCGAUGCCCCAGCCUCUGAGGUCACAAGGCGGAGAAUGUCUGUAGACGUGAUUCCUAAUAAUGACAAGCUGAGACCUUUCAGUGCUUUCACAAUCGGACAAUCAAGCGCUCACGAAACAAAAGGCGAUGAGGUGAAUAAAAGACCCGCGACAUCGUCAUGUGUAGGUUUUGACAAGACUAAGCUUGUGUCCCGACCCACGACUGGUGCGUCAUGUAACAGCGUUUCUCACGGGCACACACAUUCCCCCUUUUCUUCUCACUCUCAGGCAGAAAAGGAUGCACGUGUCCCCUCAGCUUCUAUCAACCGCCGUCAGAGUCGGGAGUUGAAAUCCAUGUACCCAUCUGAUGAUUCAAUAGACUCCAACUUGGGGGAUGAUCUGUAUGAAGAACGGAGACAGGAGCUUUUGGAGGAGGAGCUGGCCAGAACUGAGGAGCUCGAGCUCCGGAAAGAGGAGUUCCUUCAGAAAAUAGACGAUUAUCUGAGACGAACGAGUUCCCUUGGGGAGAUGGACGAGGUGGCGAUCACUAAAGCCGAAUCUUUGAAAAGUCUCAUUGUAAGUGAGAGGGUAAGUUCAGCCAAAAAUGGAAAACGGCUCACUAAGAGAAGACAGAUGAAAGUGGAUUUCGACCAGACGCCCACUUUUCUUCCCGAAGCAGAUUAUCGUCGGCGUUUAUUCAAUUUAUGGACAGACAUGAACAAGUGUCGGUAUCUUCGUGUACCAGAGGAGCUAAUAGACCUCUCCGGGAUCCAGACUUUAGCUAAAGACCAGAUGCUGCUGUUCGAGGUUUUACGCAAAGCUGAGCAAGACUCACUCACGGCGUCCGCUGAGUUGUGAAGGAGGGGUGAGGGGUUCAGCAGAAUGCAGCCUUUAACAUGGUCCGGACAUUGCAAAUGGGCUAAACACAGUGACGAAUCACGAAGUUAUAGCGCAAAUGUCAGCAUUUGUGAGUGAGCGACAAAGAUCUAGAUUCGGCUGUUGAUUGUAGGGGGUAGUUUCUGAAGUUUUGCCUGUUAAACACAAUUAUUGGUGUGAUGAGAUAAGUGAAGUUUAGGUUGUCAGUAUCUCUCCAAAAGUCGAGAGGAAUGUUAUCUCCUAUAUGUACUUUUGUACUAUGCAACAUGCGUCAUUCCUGUACUUAUAUAUACUUUAAUAACACCAAUAAAUGGAAUUCAUUGCACACAAUUAAAUUGUGUUCAGGUAAUACGUAUUUGUCCAGUAGUUCAUGCCGCUUAAUAUAUUAGAAAAUUUAUUAUAUUUUAUGUUUGAACACAGAGAAAUGGUAAUUCAAGUUUUUUGGACUUCGUUUCUGCACAAGCAGGGAAUAAAGCGCUAUAUAAAUA